GAGCGGGGCGGGCGCUGUCCGCGGUGCUGCAGGGGCGGCCCGGCCCGGGCACCCCAAACCCCCCCGGCCAUGGGGGCCCGCGCCGCCGGCCCGGGGGGGGACGGCUACAACGAGGCGCUGCUGCACAAGACAAUCCUGGUUGGAGACAGCGGCGUGGGGAAGACGUCUCUGCUGGUCCAGUUUGACCAGGGCAAGUUCAUUCCUGGCUCCUUCUCUGCCACCGUGGGCAUUGGGUUUACGGUGAUGUUACUUGGAGACUCGGGCGUGGGGAAAACCUGCUUCCUGCUCCAGUUCAAAGACGGGGCCUUUCUCUCCGGGACGUUCAUAGCCACCGUGGGCAUAGAUUUCCGGAACAAAGUGGUGGCUGUGGAUGGUGUGAAAGUGAAGUUGCAGAUCUGGGACACAGCAGGACAGGAACGUUUCCGCAGCGUCACUCACGCCUACUACCGGGAUGCCCAAGCCCUGCUCCUGCUCUACGAUAUCACCAGCAAGAUGUCCUUUGACAACAUCCGUGCCUGGCUGACAGAGAUCCAUGAGUACGCCCAGAAGGACGUGGUCAUCAUGUUGCUGGGCAAUAAGGCUGAUGUGAGCAGCGAGAGGGCUGUGAGGACGGAGGAUGGAGCAUCGCUGGCCAGGGAGUACGGGGUGCCUUUCAUGGAGACGAGUGCCAAGACAGGCAUGAACGUGGAGCUGGCCUUCCUCGCCAUUGCCAAGGAGCUGAAGCAGCGCGCGGUGCAGCCGCUGGAUGAGCCCCGCUUCCAGAUCCAUGAUUACAUCGAGUCACAGAAGAAGAAAUCCAGCUGCUGUGCCUUCUCCUGAGGGUGGCCCAGAGGAGCUGGCAGGCCUGGGGGCCCAGGCAGGAGGCAGAGUGGGGCCCAAUCCUGCCCUCAAGCACUGGAGGGAACCAAGCUCUGACAAGCCAAGGUGGACGGGACAGUACAGUGGAGCAGAGUGCAUGAGGAGGGCCCUUGUCCUGGUGCCAGGAUUCAGAUCCUGCUGGCCUGCAGAGCAAUGACCUGUGGGAAUCACUAUGGUGUGGUGACUACCAGCCUGGCCAGCGAGCUGUGGUGAUCCAUCACUUCCAUCACAUGAGCAGGGUGCAGGACACAAACACCUCACUGAGGGACCCUUGGAGUGACUGGAGGGGCUGUGCCAUGGAUGAGCCCCUCUGCAGCCCCCAGUCCUGUCCUCCCCUGCAGCUAUCCCUGCUCACAGCACUGCUGUUGUCCAACUGGAAGGGCCUGAUCCAGCCCCUGUGUCCCUGGUGCUGCCAGGCUCUGGCUUCCCUCCAAGGAACCUCAGCUCUGCCCCUGGGCUGCCCCACACCCCGAUGCCCACGCUCGGCUGUGGCUCCUCAUUUCUGCAGUUGCUGCCAUUGGCUUUUAUCCUCCUGCCACCACGAAGGCAGUGAUGUCCCCAUUGUAUCCCGUCUCUGCUCGAGGGAAGGGCUGGGAUGGGGAAGGGUCCAGCCAAACCUGCUCCCUGCCCACACAGCUGGUGUGAGAAGUAAAAUUCCUCUGGGAGCAUCCGAGUGAUGCUUGGGGCACUUCUGGUACACACAGCAAUUUGGAAAAACUUUCCUUCCCCCACAUUGUAGCCAGAGGAAUUAGAGAAUUUUUUUUUUUAACAAGAAAAGCCUUUUUCUUUUCAGUCCCUCCAGACUAAACCAUCUCCAGGCUCGUGCAGGAGAUGUCCAUGGUGGCAUCACCUGGGGUGAUGCUCCAGCCCUGCCACCUCCCAGACCAGGCUGGGUUUGUCUCCUAUCACUGCCCAUGUAAUACAACUCUGCCUUCCUGCUGCUGGCAAAUAGCAGCUGGAACCCACUUUCUGGAGAGCAGAUAGAUGCCUGAGAGCCUUCAGUCAGCAAACACUGCUCCAUUGGGCACUGGUGGGGCUCAGGGACAUCCCUGGUGGUCAGCCCUGCUCUGUUGCUCCCUCCAGCACACUGUCCACUCCCCUGAGCGCUACCCAGAGCGGUUAGAUGGUGAAUAUUUGGUUGUGUAGCUGAAGCACUGAUGCAGAGAGCAGCUGUGGAGGGUAUGGCACUGCUGCACGUAGGAGUCAGGGACUGUCCAGCACAUCUGUCCCCAUCAGCAUCUUCCCUGGCCCUGCACCCGACUGCUCAUCUCUCACCUGCCCCGGUGCCUCCUUCACCUCUGCUCUACUCCUGGGUCUCUCUUCGCAAGUUUACAGAUUAAAGCUGGGUAUUUUUGAA